AUGUCUCGUAACAGAGGUGAUGGGUUGCUUGCAAAGGUUGAUUUUCCUCUCUAUGCGCUUCAAAUACUUACGAAUCGACAUGUCCUUGUAGCGGGAGGUGGCGGAGCGUCUAACACAGGCGUUGCGAAUGGAUUUGAGAUUUUUGAAUUAUCGCACAAUGGAACUAAAUUUGUUGCCGAAGAGGUGAUGCGUCAUGAAACUGGCCCAAAUGUGGUGAUGAACUGCUCUGUACGUAACGCUCAGGGACGAACAUAUCUUUGCGCCGGACAAGAGAGCCAUUGUCAGCUGUAUAGGGUAAAUGUUCGUAUGGUAGAUGCUGCUGAAAUGCGCCGUGGAAGCUUUAGAGCAGAGAAUGGCUUGGUACGUCGUCGUAGACGCACUGUUUCUGAAAAUGAUAACAUAUCUAAAACAGAAAGUACUACCGUGGAAAAACGAAUAUCUUUUGAAAUACGCCCUUGUGACAGUGUACAAACUGAUUUUGGAGAAGACCCACUACAAAGGGUAGUGAGGAUCAGUCAUAAUGGUAAGCUAAUGGCAACUGGCGGUAUAGAUGGCAAAGUUAGACUGUGGAGCUUUCCCAAAAUGCAACUGCUUCACCAAUUGGAAGGACACACAAAAGAGCUGGAUGAUCUGGACUUCAGUCCUUGUGACAGUCGGCUGGUGAGCAUCGCCAAAGACGGACUAGCGCUCGUAUGGGACACCACAAGGUCACGUGAGCCUCUUUUGAAGAUCACCUGCGAACCACCAAAUGGUACUAAAUAUCUGUUUAGAAGGUGCAGGUUCGGUGCGAACGAGGAUCGCCCUAAGGAGACGCGUAUGUUUACUAUCGCGAACCCAGUGUCGCGGUCUGGACGGGCGCGGGGGCUGCUGCAGAUGUGGACGGGGGUGUGCGCGGGGGAGGGCCAGGGGCAGGGGGCGGGCGCGGUGCUGCGGCGCUCGGUGUUGCUGCCCGAGGCGCUGUCGGCGCUGGCCGUGCGUGAGGACGGACGCUUUGUCGGCGUCGGCACCAUGUUCAGCGGCUCCGUCGAAGUGUACAUCGCGUUCAGCUUGCAGCGGGUGCUGCAGGUGCGCGCGGCGCACGGCAUGUUCGUGACGGGGCUGCAGUUCCUGCCCACGCAGCUCGCCAGCCGCAGCGACGCCGCCCUGCUCUCCAUCUCCGUCGACAACUGCCUCUACGUGCACAGUGUGCCCUCUCCGAGUACUGUACCUGCCUGGAUUGCCAUCAUUCUUAUAGUUUUCGUUUUAUUUUGUACUUUUACUUUAUGUUCAUAUUUAGGUAUAUAA